UCCUGAAGCUCAAUCUCAGAGAUCGAAACCUAAACAAAUCCAAAGAGAAAGAAGAAGAAGAAGAAGAAACAGAAGAGGAGGAAGAUGGAGUCUAUCUUCGGUUUGGUUGGGAACGACUUCGCCAUAGUGGCGGCGGACACGUCGGCCGUGCACAGCAUACUUGUCCACAAGUCCAACGAGGACAAGAUCAUGGUUCUCGACUCCCACAAGCUCAUCGCCGCCAGCGGUGAGCCCGGUGACAGGGUUCAGUUCACGGAGUACAUUCAGAAGAAUGUUUCGCUUUAUCAGUUUCGUAAUGGGAUUCCUCUGACCACCGCCGCCGCUGCCAAUUUCACCCGCGGCGAGCUCGCCACCGCUUUACGGAAGAACCCAUACCAUGUGAACAUUCUCAUGGCUGGAUUUGAUAAAGAGAAAGGGGCAGAACUUUACUACAUUGAUUACAUUGCUUCCCUCCACAAGGUUGACAAGGGUGCCUUUGGCUACGGUUCCUAUUUUGCUCUCUCCCUCAUGGAUCGGCUCUAUCACAAAGGUAUGUCUGUUGAUGAAGCCAUUGCCUUGAUUGACAAGAUCAUCAUUGAGAUCCGAUCGAGGCUUGUUGUCGCUCCACCCAACUUUGUCAUUAAGAUAGUGGACAAGGAUGGAGCUAGGGAGUACGCGUGGCGUGAGUCCAUUAAGGAGGCUGGUGUGGCUGCUGCUUGAGGCUUUUGCUUCUGUUAUCACAAACUUUGGGGGAGUUAAUGUCUGGUAGAACUACUAUGAAAUAGAUCUCUUGCUUGAACUAUUGAAUAGUUGUUGUAAUUUUUUAAAGAAUGGGUAGCCUCAUUUGGAACAACUGUUCUCCCCCAGUAUUCCUCUUUUACCUUUGGUU